AUGGCCGCCCCCAAGCCGGGCGGCUUCAAGAUGUCGCUCGGGGCACUGAAGACGAAGCCAGGGCUGAAAUCUUCCCCCGCACAGAAAGACACCAAAAAGACCAAGCUUUUGCUCGGUGACGACGAACCAGACGAUUCGAAUACGCAACAAGAGAUCACGGGAUGGGACGCAGCAGAGGGCGGCGCGGUCGAUGCCAACGGGAAAAAAGAGAAGGAGGGACCGCGCAUCAUUCCAGCUUUACCCAACCGCGAUUGGCGAGCAGAGGCACGGCGGAAACAACUUGCGAAAGCACCCCAUCAGCAAGCGCAAAAUGUCACGGUCGAUGAGAGCAAGAUGGAGGAGCCGAAGGUGCAAUAUGGCCUUACGAUUAUCAAGAAAGACGAAGCGCAAGAAAAUGGAGCUGCGGAAGCUGAAGCCGCGGAACCGAUGGAGGUGGAGCAAGACAAUCUCACGGAAGAGCAGCGGCUCGAGAAGAAGGCACUCGAUGUGCUGAUCAGCGGCAAAUCCACGGACAACGAUCUCGUGAUUCCUGUACAAUCAGAAGAGGACGCACUCUUAAACGAUCUCAACAAUGCGCCCGACGCGCCCACCCUCGAAGCAUACGAAGCUACCCCGAUUGAAGGCUUCGGCGCGGCGCUCCUACGUGGUAUGGGUUGGAAGGACGGCGAUGCAAUAGGCAAGAACGGUCCUGCUGCGAAACCGAAAGAAGUCAAACGGCGACCAGCGCUGCUUGGCAUAGGCGCAAAGGAAGACGCUGCAAUAGGCGUUGAGCUAGGGGAAUGGGGUGGUGGCAAAGGCAAAGGGAAGAAGGUCGCGCAGAGCUACAACCCCGUUACGCUGCGGAACAAGGUUACCGGUGAGAUGAUCACAGAAGAGGAGCUAAAGGCCAAACUAGAGGCUCAGAGCUUGCUCCCAGACGAGAAGCCGUCAAGAAGCAAGAGCAAAUACGACGACGACAGCGAAGACGACGAGCGAAGGCGCGAGAAGCGGAAAGAAAAGCGAGAUGACCGCGACCGCCGACGCGACGACGACUAUGACAGCGAACGGAGGAAAGACAAAGACCGCCGAAGAGACAAGGACGACUACUACGACAGCGACCGCCGCCGAGACAAGCGGAGAGAGCGAACUCGAGACGACGACUACGAUAGCGAGCGCAGGCGCGAGAAGCGAAGAGAACGUAGCCGCAGCCCCGACGACCGAAAAGAAAAGCGCCGCGAUCGGUACCGUAGCAGGAGUCGAGACUCGAAGCGGAAGAGCGAUAGGAGGGAUCGCAGUCGCAGUCGUGACUCGGAUGAUCGCAGGAAACGGAGGAGAGAUAGGGAGUAUGAGGAUGAGGAGAGGUAUGAGAAGAGGCGUAGGGAUGAUAGGAACUAG